AUGUCUUCCGCUUCGACGUCCCGACCUUUUGUUCGUAAAACCAAUUAUAUUGUGGAGAAGGAAAAAGGGGAAGCCUACCGGAAAAUCGUUGCGGAAAUUUGUAGAGAAAUGCUGCCAAAUCCUCCGAAAGAGAAGGGUUGGACCUCUAAACACUUGGUUCAGUACCAAGGCUUCUGGAUAAACCCUACCUUUAUGUUAAAAGCAGCCCAACUUCAACAACAUUUCAACUUAUUCCAAACAACCGGAAGUUCUACCAGCGCCGCCCGUGGGUCGUCCCCCAUAUUCUUCUUGGCCACAUUUUCGAAAUCAGGUACGACGUGGCUUAGAGCACUCAUGUUCGCUGUACUCAACAAAAGCCUCUAUGAUGUUGCCUCUCCUCAUCAUCCCUUACUCACAACUGGGCCCCACGACUGCUUUCCUCUCUUGGUGUUGGAUAACAUGCUUGGAAAUCAUGAUCACAACCGUCCCGUAACCUCACUUGAUCAUGAUCACGACGAUCGUGACGGUGGUGAUGGGUUUUGGAAAGCAAGCUUGGAAAUGCCAGAGCGAGUUUUGUUCUUAAAAUAUGAGGAUCUCAGGAAGGAGCCAUCUGCUAAUGUGAAGAGACUGGCUGAAUUCUCGGGUCAACCUUUUUCAGAUGAGGACGAAAGCAAAGGGCUGAUGCAGCAGAUCAUAAAGCUUUGUAGUUUUGAGAAUCUGAGCUGCUUGGAGGUAAAUAAAACCUCCAAGACGCAACGGUACUUUAUUAAAGCCAAUCUUGUCAUCGAGAACAGUGACUUCUUCGGGAAAGGCCAAGUUGGGGAUUGGAAGAACUUCUUCACUGAUGACAUGGCAAAACGUAUGGAUCAUAUCAUAGAUGAAAGGAUCAGUGGUUCUGGAUUGACAUUUGCCAAUCCAUAG